AAAAAUGGAGAGCAGAAUAAAUGUGUGCGUGAGGAUUAAACCUCUUAAGAAGGGUGAAGAGAUUAAUGAUAAGAAUAAUUUAUGGAACAUAACUGAUGAAAAAGUCAUUGUGAACUCCAGGACUAAUGAGACGUUUAAUUUUGAUAAAGUGUUCAACCAGGAGUACUCGACAACUGAUAUUUUUGAACAAAAUAUUAAGAAUCAUAUUGAAUCAGCCGUUAAAGGGAUUAAUGUAACCAUCUUUGCUUAUGGACAGACUAGCUCUGGUAAAACUUUUACUAUGAGAGGAAGUGAAGAGUGUCCAGGUCUAAUCCCAUUGACCAUCAAUGAGAUCUUUAGACUGACUGCUGAUGGAAAAUCUGGAUCUAACUGAAAAGUCACCUGCUCAUAUAUGGAAAUCUAUAAUGAGAGUGUCAACGAUCUCUUAAAUCCGAAGAAUAAAAAUCUAGGAAUCAGAGAAAGCGUUAGCAAAGGAAUUCAUAUUCAAGGCUUGACUACAGAAGAGUGAAAGGACCAAAAAACCAUGAUAGAACUGUUAGAGGCUGGAGAAAAUGCUAGGAUAACAGCUGCAACUAACCUUAACGAACAAUCUUCUAGAUCCCACUCUGUUUUUCGAUUCAAUAUUGAGAUCAGCGAAAAGAAAAAGAAUGGGGAAAUCUCCACAAAAACAUCCCAAUUCAACCUAGUUGAUCUUGCUGGAAGUGAAGGUGUCUCAAGGACAAAGUCUCAGGGAAUUAGAUUUAGAGAAGGAUCAAACAUAAAUAAAUCCUUGCUUGCUUUAUCGAAAGUUAUUCAUCGACUGAGCUCUAAUGAGAAGAAAGGAAAAGUAUUCAUCAACUACAGAGAUUCUAAAUUGACAAGAAUCUUACAACCUUCACUGGGAGGAAAUUCCCAGACCAUUGUAAUUUGCACUUUAUCACAACUUUUCGUGAAUUACCAAGAAUCUGUGAAGACUCUUCUUUUCGGCCAGAUGGCAAAGAACGUUAGAACUAUUGUUAAUGUAAACGAAGUUGUCAAAAAUAAAGAUGCUCUUGAGCUGAAGGCAGCAAAGCAAGAAAAUGAGGAACUAAAAGAUCAGAUUCACCAACUUGAGAUAAAGCUUAAAGAAAUAGCUAAAUCAAAAGGAAAUGGAAGUAACAAAAAUAGUCGUUUCUCAACUCCAAAUAAUGAUGGAAAUAAAGAAAACUUAGAGUCAAAGGCUGUCUUGGACGAAGUCAUGGAAGUUGACCAGAAUGAAGCAUCUCACAAUAGCUCAGGGUCAAACCUAAAAUCUACAAUUACUCAUCUAAAGGAUCAAAUUUCUUAUCUUCAUGGAAAGAUUUUCACUAAAUCAGAAGAAAUAGAACAAAAGGAUUUGAUCAUUAGAAAAAUUCAAUCUGAGAAAUUUGAAAUUGAGCAAAAAUAUGAAGAAGUAGAUGCUAAAGAAAAUGAAGCAAGGAAAGAAAUUGAGCUAUUAAAAGAACAACUAGCAAGUAACGCUGACAUCACUGUUGAGAGUAUCAAGAAAGAGUUUGAAAAGAAUCAAAAUAAAGAAAUUCUUGAUGCAGAUGGUAUACAAUGCUUCAACAUCAACAGUGAGGACUCAAAUGAUGAUUGAAAUUUUCUUUCUUCUCUCGAAAAGAAGUCUCAAGGCAAAGAUUCUCAUUUAGACAUGGAGUUUAAACUAAAGAAAUUGAUUUUACAGCAAGAGGCCACUAUUUCUAAACUCACCAAUGAGCUUGAACUUCUUACAGACAACAGUGUAAAUAUGAAAAACGAGAUAAGACUUCUGAACGAGUGAGAGAGACUCAAAACAGAAGAACUGGACAAUGCAGAGCAAGAGAUUAUCAAACUCAAAGAGGAAAUCAAGUUUUUCCAAGAAAGCAAUAAAGAAUUAGUCAACUCCAUUGAUGAAGUAGAGAAGACUCUCCAAGAGAUAGAGAGAGGACCAGGAAUCUCAAUGAUGGAUUCCUCCAAAAGUGAAAGCAGUUAUCAUAAAAUAGAUAAGAGAAGUCUACUUGAAGAGAACGAUAGACUAAAUAAAGAAACAAAUGAACUCCAGUCUAGAUGUCAUGACCUCUCAUUCCAAUUACAAAAAGUAGAUUCAGAUAAAUCAAUUACUCAGAAGAAGCUAGAGACUGCAGAGAGCAACAUUGAAAUUUUGAAUGAGACACUUGAGUUCAUGAGCAAUGAAAACUCUCAGUUCAAAGAUCAAUUGGCAAGACAGAAAGAAGUGAUUGACUUCAAAAGAAAAGAAAUUGGACAUUAUGAAUCAGAUCUUGAAGAGAUUAAAAAGAAGUUUUCUACCAAGAAAAGAAUGAAGAAAGCUCAAUCUAAAGAGAGUAGCAACAAUAAAUUUAUCAAAGAGAUUGAGAAUUUGAAACUCCAGAUUCAAGAUUACAAAGAACAGCUCGAGAAGAAAGAAAAAGAGUACAAUGAGCUCAAGGUUACUGUUGACAAAGUGAAGAAAAUCAAGGGAGAUUAUGAUAGUGUUGUUAAAAGAGAGAAGCAAUCUCUCAAAGCAGAGUUUGACAAGCAGAAAAAGUCUCUUUUACAAGAAGUUGAUGAAUACAAGUACAAAUCCUACAAUGUCCUAAACGAUAAUGCUUCACUUAAGAAGAAGAUAAAGAGUUUGAACAAUACUAUUCUUGACAGAGACAUUGAAAUCAAGACUCACAAGCAAGAUAAAGAGAAAUACAUGCUUGAGAUUGUGGAUCUGAAGGUUAAUAUUAAAGAGUCUGAGAGAGUUAAGGAGCAGCUUGAAACUAAGAAUCAAGAAGAACACAGGAAGAAUUUGGUAAAACAAGCCAAAAUGGAAGCAGAAUUAGAAGCAGUUCAUCUUAAAGAAGUUGAGAACAGAGAUGUGCUCUACAACUAUAAGAAGUUUGCUAAGAACAUGAAUGAUGUCAUUAAGAUAUUUAUAAAAGGAUCAGAUUCUGCAAUUGAAGCAACAAAGGAUAAAGAACAGUUCAAUACUAUUGAAAAUGAAUGUUAUAAAUGUAUACUUGAACAGAAAGAGAUGCUUCUGAAAGUACAAAAGAAAAUUAAUUUGAAAAGACAAUCUGGAUUUAAAGUCCCAGAUACAAAAGCUCAUCCUGCAAUCAAAAUUGGAUAUAGCGAAGAUGAGCCUACAACCACCGAUGAAAAUGCUGGAGUUAAAAGUGGAAGAAAGAGAGUGAGGAUUGAUGUAGAUUAAUAUUUUUAUACAAAUUCA